AGAAACUGCCCUAAUCGAAUAAUGCACAAACAAAAUAAAACGACCGAACACUUUAACUUCAACUGAACGAACUGAUUUUCUCAAAAAAUUUGGGUUUCCUCCAAUGGCGGCCUCUUCAAUUGAAGAAACCCUUCUAACCCAGCCCCCAAAAACGUCCGACGAUCAUCUUCAGACCUCAAUGGACGUCCAGGACGAUACUGAGAACUUACCAGUCACUACCGCUCCGCCGCCGGAAUCUUUACCGGACCAAACUGAUUUACAAUCCGACGGAGCAAGUGUUGCAGGGGAAAAGAGGAAGAGAACGGACCCCGAUUCCGAUGCUGCAAAGCCAAACCCGGAUCCGUCUACGAACCCUCUUUGGAAAACCAGUUUAUGCUCGUACUUUAGGCGUCAUUCGGGGUCGUGUAGCCAUGGAACUGAGUGUCGCUACGCUCAUGGCGAAGAGGAGUUGAGGCAACGUCCUGAUAAGUCCUGGGAUCCCACGUCAGAGCGGGCUAAGAAGGUGAUGAAAGUGGGGGAGGAAGUUAAGGAAGAGGAGGUUAUGAUGACGGAGGUUGUUGUUGACGACGACGAGGUUGGCAAUGAUGGAAGGGAUAAUGAGCUUAGCAAAUGCUUAGUUCAUUUGCCGACGAAAUGGAAUUCUGAUAAUCUGAGGAACUACUUGAAUGAACAGAGUGUUCUUUUUAAAUCCGCAAAGAAGAAGAAAGGCAUGACCGUAGGUUUUGUUAGUUUUGAAAGUACAGAACAGUUGAGAAGUUCUGUUGAGGAGUUGCAAGGAAAAAUUAUCGGCAAAAAGAAUUUGAAGGUUGCAGAUGUGAUUCCCAGAUCAUUUGAAAAGAAAAUUAAAUCAUCGAUGGAUUGUGAUAAUAGCUCUGUAUCUUCUGCGGCCUUCUCUUUACCAUCAGAUGAUGGUCAAGAUGCUGGUAAUAUAAAUGAUGGGAGUUCUACUCCUAAUGAUUCAGUUUUGAAGGGAAAAAGUGCCCGUGAAGUGGUGGCUCCCCUUGCUCACAUGUCAUACAGUGAUCAAUUGGAUCAUAAAAAGAACUCAUUGUUGCAUGUUCUCAAAAAACUUACUAGGAACGCACGAAAAGCCUGUCCACACGGUGUUUCUCUUCCUGAAUGGAUAUUGAAAUCAAGGGAUAUAGGUGGUAUUGCAUGCAGUUUUGAGGGUAUCAUCGAAUCACCAAUUAUAAAUGGAUACCGUAACAAAUGUGAGUUUUCUGUUGGAUACUCUUUGGAAGGCAAGCCAACUGUGGGGUUUAUGUUGGGAAAUUUCAGGGAGGGUGUUACAGCUGUUGAAGAACCUGAAAAUUGUCCCAAUGUUUCUAGAAUUUCUUGCAAAUAUGCAUCGAUUUUCCAGGAAUUUCUACAAUCUUCAAGCUUGCCAAUUUGGAAUAGAUUCAAGAAUAUUGGGUUUUGGCGUCAAUUGACGGUUCGAGAAGGACGGGCUCCAGGAAAGUUGAUUGAUUCAGAUAAUUCUGAUGCAAGCAUCAGUGAGGUCAUGCUCAUCGUCCAGGUCUGCUCUGUAGGUGUUGAGUCUGAACUAAUGACCAGUGAGUUCAAGAGACUUGCUCAAGCUUUUGCUGAAGGAUCUGUUGCAAAUUCGCCACCAUUGCCACUAACUGCUUUAGUCAUUCAGCACCACCAAGGAAUAUCAAAUGCAGCACCUGCUGAUACUCCACUUCAGCCCCUGACCAUUCCAAAAGUCCACAGCGCUGAACUGGAGGCCACUAAUGAUGCCGUGGAACCUAGAAUCCACGAUUACAUUAGCAACCUUAAGUUCUGCAUAUCUCCAACUGCCUUUUUCCAGGUGAAUACACUUGCUGCUGAGAAGCUGUAUUCACUUGCUGGGGAUUGGGCUGAGUUGGGCCCUGACACCUUGCUAUUUGAUAUUUGCUGUGGAACUGGAACAAUUGGGCUGACUUUAGCUCAUCGUGUUGGUAUGGUUGUUGGUAUCGAAAUGAAUGCUUCUGCAGUGUCUGAUGCUCAGAGGAAUGCCGAAAUCAAUGGCAUAAAUAAUUGUAAAUUUAUUUGUGCAAAGGCAGAGGAUGUAAUUGGAUCUUUAUUGAAAGAGUACCUAAAAGGCACCAAGAAAGAAGAGGAGAUUGUAUGCGACAGCAAUGGAAGUGAUGGAAUUUCAAGUACCUCUAAGCAAAAUGAGGAAAUUUCUGGGGCCUCCGAGAAAAACGAUGGAACUCCAGGUGCCUCUGAAAAAAGUGGGGAAAUUCAAGAUGCGAAAGAAAAAAGUGACGAAGUUUCUGAGACUGGGGAACGAAAUGCCUUAAUGAACGACAAAGAUCGAGAUCCUGUAGUGAACCAUGUACCUGAAAAUGAUGCGAAUGGACCCGAGACUUCAGAGGUUGCCAGUGAAAAGAAUGGAAGCCAACACAGCUGUUGCAAUCCAGAAAAUGGGACUAAGCAGUUCAAAAAUGUUGUGGCUAUUGUAGACCCUCCUCGCGGUGGACUUCAUCCUAUCGUGACGAAGGUUCUGAGAACUCAUACUCAUCUGAGGAGACUAGUUUACAUUUCAUGCAACCCUGAAAGUUUGAUGGCAAAUGCAAUAGAGCUGUGCACGCCAUCAUCCGAGAAAAUUGAGAAAGGAAACAAAAACAACCGGGGGUGGAGAAAUAUGGGGAGUGCUGGCCUUGCUCGUCACCGGGUCAAGUCCAUGCCGAUAUCUGAGCCUUUUCGGCCUGUAAAAGCAAUGGCUGUAGAUCUUUUCCCUCAUACACCCCACUGUGAGAUGGUGAUGCUGCUGGAGAGGUAGAUGAACAAACAUAUACUGCCUUCUUCAAAGAGUUUUGUCAAUCGAUUAUGGAGGAAGACUCGAUGAUUAGUUUUGAGAUAUAAGCUCAUAGAAAAUUAAUAGUUUCGUUCUUCCGGUUAGUUUAAUUUAUGUUGACGAUAAUUUGUCUAAUGUGAUUGGACUUCUUUUAAGUUAAGAGAGCCAUUCAAUAAAGUAUGGCUGCACUACUCCCUUGGCUGACCAAA